UCUUCUGUCCAAAAACGUAAACGUGAGGAAGAAGAACCUAUCGAAUAUUCUGAAUCAGAUUUGGAGAAUUCUAAAAAAAUUAAAGAAUUUAAUGAAAUUCAUCGUCCCAAAUCGCUUUUAGAGGAACACUCCGAGAAAUAUUUAAAAUCCAAAAAAUGGAAAGAUGAUGAUGUUAGAAAUCGUCCAUUCGAUCGUGAGAAAGAUGUUUUGGGUCCACGUCGCAUGGAUUCCCGUAAACGACAAGAAAUUUUGGAUAAUGCAAAGGAAUUAUCUUCUAAAUUUUAUCAUGGGAAACAUGGAUCUUUUCUUUAA